AUGAGUGCAAAACAACAAAAAAUCAAACGAGAAACUAAAGUUGAUGUGAGUUUUGUUUUUAUUUGAAAAUUCAAUGAAUAUUUAUUUUUAAUCAUUUCAGUUCAAGGAAUGCUUGGAUAAUUGUCGAAUCAUCAACAAAGAAAAUGAGAAAGGAAAGAUGUUCGAAACAAAAAAACAUCGAGGAUUUAGCGUUAUGGUGGAUAUUCAAGAAUACCUCGAAUUCUGCGAAGAUCACAAACAUGAGCGCAAGUUUCAAAUUCCAGAAGAAGAAUUCAGGAAGAUUGUGGAUGAUAUUUGUAUCGAACAAUUGGUAGUAAUCUUAUGUUUUUAUCCAAUUUAAACGUCUAUUUUUUUCAGAAAUCUGAUAUCAAAUUCGAAAAAGGCGCAUAUGUUGUUAUGCAAAUUGAAGCAGAAGAAGUUUUAGCAAAAUUCUUUUCAAUGCUUCAAUUAUCUUGUGAACACAAUGGCCGAGUUACAAUCACUGAAAAUGAUGUCAAACUUGUUAACAACCUUCUUGAUUUGAACAAUGAAGGAACAAGAUUCAAGUGAGUGUUGUUAAUAUUUUAUUUUGUUUAUGUUUCUAUAUUUCCGUGUUUGUAUCAUUUUUUAAUCGAAUCUUUCAAACCCAAAAAAAAAUCAACAGCAUAUCUCACUUUUUGAUUUAACUGGUAACACUUUAAUAUUCUAAGGUAAGGUAAUUUUCAGAAAUUACUAAUUUUAAUUACUUCAUACUUUUCUGUAUCUUUUCUGUUAUUUGUUUAUAUAAAUUGUGUUUAUUCUGAUUUUUGCAUGCAAUCAGUGUCAAUUCUUUCACUGCGUACUAUUUGUUUCUAUUUGGGAUUUCUACCAGAGACACUUUUCAGAUGUUUGAUGAGGUUUGGGAUUUUUAUUUGAAGUUUGAUGAAUCGCAAACAAAUUCUGAUAUUUUGACUAAAAAACAAUGGGAUUGGCUGAUACAAGUUAGUUUUUUUCCUGAAUCAUUUAUAAAAUAAUUUGUUUUUAUUAUUUUCCAGGCUAAGAAACUACAGGAAAAUGAACAUUUGACCGAGUUUAUCACUGAUGUUUCACUAUCGAAUAUCAAAUUGAAAUUUGCGAUGAGAUCUGAUGUAUAUCUUAUCACGAUUUUGGAAAAUUCGAGAAAAAUCAGUGGGAAAUUUAGUGAAGGAUUCAAAUCAAAGAAAAAUAUGGGAAGGUUGGAUGAAUUAAUUGAAGAAUUACGAGAAUAUUUUGAAGUUUUGGAUGAAGCUAUUUAUGAAAUCAAUGAUAUUCAAUCAUAUGGUUUUUCUAUCAAUAAAAUAUUUCUUGAUGAAAAUGAAGAAUCAACUUUGAUUAUCGAAAUAACAGAAAAGGUUGGUUUUCUUUAAAUAUUUACAAUGAAAAUUUAAUUGUUUCAGAGAACCAAAGAAAAACUAAAAAUAUCUCUGGAUUAUACAAAUUAUCGAGAAUUUCCAAAAUCAAUUUAUACUUCGAAUAUUGCAAGAAGUGCAAAUUUUGAAUGUGAAAAAUGGAAUUGUGAAGAUCGAAUUGGAAUAAAUUUAUGCAAAUUGUUCAAGAAAGAAAAACAAGACGAGAUAAAUUCAUCCAGAAAAAAAUUUGAAGAAGAAGAUAAUCAGGACCAAUUUAUGGAUUUCAUUUGA